AUGUCAGGAUAUAUCGGCCACUUUGUUCUAUCUAGCCACAUAAAAAACCAGCCCUCGUACCAUUUUGGCACCAAACUAGCUGACAAACCAAACUCAGGACAACUCACCCCUGGACCAGCUGCUUACUUCCCGGCUGAUAAAAUAUACCGUAGUGGCAAGGAGCGCACCCCGCACAGCGUAAUAAUUACGAGACGAAACGAGCCCAAGUCAUCCGCGACAGCCACACCAGGGCCCGCCGCCUACGCCCCUGUCGAUUGCGGCAAGUUAAGCGUUCACUACAGGUCGCCAUCUUUUACUAUGGUGACGUCAUCGAAUAGAGAUGUGCUCCUCAUAAAAAAUGCUACCCCAGCCCCAAACGCGUACAACCCUGAUCCCAUGCUUUCAAGGUCACUGAGGUCAAACAAAAGAUCCGCGCCACAGUUUUCCAUCAGGUCACGAAGUCAGAUUGGUGGUUUUAGUGAGGAUAAAUCGAAAACACCGGGACCAGGAGCGUACAUGCUACCGACGACGGAUCGGUACAUGAGGAAGUCCUGUAGUUUCAGUCUGAUCGGCAGGAACAACAUGCCCGGAGAUCCGACGAAUAAACCGGGUCCGGCGGCUCAUUCCGUCUCCAGUGAUACGAUGUCAAUGUUGAGUACAAAGAAGAAGGGACCAGCUUACAGCUUCGGUGUCAAACAUUCGGCCCGUGUUCUUAACUUACCAGGGUCAGCCAACGAUUAUAAAUACGGAUUCUAA